AUGUCCCAGACUGGCACACAAGCGAGCCACCUGCGCCAUGAGCCCAUUGGUCUUUGCAUCCCUUGCACAAAGCCAGGGUGCAACCGUUGGUUUAAGAAUAGGUUGGGGCACACGCAGCAUAUGAAUGCAAAGCACCCUGUGUUCCUACAACAACUUGGAUCGACUCAGCCAUGCAGGCCUCAUUCGCCAAGUUCUGGGCUGCCUGACACUACCAAUUUGGGUGAUACUGGUGCUAUGGAGUUCAGCGACAACAAAAAUCCUAUGCAACCAAUGGUUGGAUUUUGUGGCACUGGUGACCAGCUGUAUAGAAACUACCACCCUUUUUUGUCUGAGGGCAACUUCCUUCCACCAGGAACUCCACCUCCACCACUCACUGACAAGAUGCUGGACGACUGGACUCCAUACAAGAGCCGGGUAGAAUUCCAGCUCACUGAUUAUUUGUUUACAAAGAAUCAAACCCCUGUGCAUUUGAUCAACCAGUUGCUCGAUAUUUGGGCAGCUUCAUUAAUGCAAGCUGGUAGCAGAUUGAGUCUCUUUUCAGAUCAUCACCACAUUUACAAGACAAUUGAUAACACUCCUCUUGGCAAUGUAAAAUGGCAAUCAUUUACUGUCAAAUAUACUGGUGAGAUUCUGGAGAAAGGCGCUGCACCAUGGAUGGUGGAUAGUCACAAAGUUUGGUUCUGUGACCCCCACAAAGUCAUUUGCAACAUGCUUUCUAACCCAGAUUUUGCUGUGGAGAUAGACCUUAGACCUUACCAGAAGUUUGCGAUGGAGAAUGACGAGCGUCAGUGGAAAGAUUUUAUGUCUGGGGAUUGGGCUUAUAAACAAGCGAACAUGAUUUCUGAGGAUCCUGACACACAUGGUUCAAUGUUUGUGCCUGUGAUUCUCAGGAGCAAUAAAACAACUGUUUUGGUCACAACAGGACAAAACGACUACUAUCCUCUUUACGUGUCUAUUGGAAAUGUUUGGAACAAUGGUUUCUCACAAUGCCCAAAAGCCCUUGAUGAGACCACUCUCCUAUGCUCAAGACUUCAUGUGGAUGUGCUCAUUGAGGAGUGCAACUUUGAUACCUUGUGGGCAGAGUAUGGUAUAGUUUCCGUCCUCAUGCCAUUUACAAAUGAUUUCCCCCAUGCUGACAUCCAUGAGUUACUCGCACCUGACCUUCUCCACCAAAUUAUAAAGGGGUCGUUUAAGGAUCAUUUAGUUGAAUGGGUCGAGAGAUACCUCUUGCAGGAGCACAGAAAGACACAGGCUAACAUCAUUCUAGAUGAUAUUGACCGAUGGAUCGCAGUGGUUCCUCCUUUUCCUGGCCUGCAUUGGUUUCCACAAGGACGCCACUUCAAACAAUGGACCAGUGAUGAUUCAAAGGCCCUCAUGAAGGUGUACCUGCCAGCAAUUGAGGGUUAUGUCCCUGAAGAUGUUGUGUGUGCAUUCAGUGCCUUUCUCAAGUUUUGUUAUCUCGUCCACCACAACAUACUUAUGGAGAAGUCCCUUGAGGAGAUCCAAGCUGCACUUGCUCAUUUUCACCAGUAUCGCGAAGUUUUCAAGACCACUGGAAUGAUUACGAUGUUUUCGCUUCCAUGA